AUGGAGGCAUCUGCUUUGAAGGCCUGGGAGUUGGACAACAAUGUCCAGCUAGUCGAUCCCAAACGCGAUGCUCUCUACAACUUCGACGCCGAUGCUCAGAAGGCCAUAAAUAACGACAAGGCAUGGAAGCAAACACCAGACUACUUCAAGCAUGUACGAAUAAGCGCUACUGCUCUUAUAAAAAUGACCAUGCACGCGCGAUCCGGCGGUAAUCUCGAGGUCAUGGGCUUGAUGCAAGGCUACACCCACCAGGACACAUUUAUCGUCACCGACGCAUUCCGACUGCCCGUUGAAGGAACAGAGACUCGUGUCAACGCCCAAGGCGAAGCGAAUGAAUACCUUGUCGAGUAUCUUGAUCUAUGUCGAGCGCAGGGUCGACAGGAGAACGUGGUGGGCUGGUACCACAGUCACCCAGGCUACGGAUGCUGGCUGAGUGGUAUCGAUGUCGAUACAGAGGCCAUGCAGCAGAAGUGGCAGGAUCCUUUCCUUGCCGUCGUUAUAGACCCUGAUCGUACUAUCAACUCAGGCAAGGUCGACAUCGGCGCUUUCAGAACCUACCCGGAGGACCACCAGGCUGGUAAUGGCACAACCACCUCUGAUGGCUUCCAGGCAGUGCCGCUCGCCAAGGCUGCCGAGUUUGGUGCUCAUGCGAACCGUUACUACAGUCUUGAAGUGUCCCAUUUCAAAAGCUCUCUCGACUCGCAUCUCCUUGAGCUCCUCUGGCAUAAGUACUGGGUACAGACUCUUAGCCAGAACCCACUGAUCACCAACCGCGACUAUGGCAACAAGCAGAUGCUCGAUUUGAGCUCCAAGAUCAAGGAAGCGACAACAGGCAUUACGAGAAGCCGAAAUGGACAAGGUAUGAUGGGUACAAGCCAUAAGAGCUCCGACAAGGCUGUGGACAAGCUGGCAAGGGAAGCCAGCCUCAUUGCAUCUAAGGAGAGGUCUGGUCUGGUUGCUAAUCAGGUCAAGGCUAGCGUUUUCAACGACCUUGGAUCAAAGGCUGAAGAAUCAACAUCGUGA